AUGCUGUCCGGGAGUCAUUACUUAUGUUUCUGUCCACUCAACCCGUAUUAUGCAUGUCUCGCUGACCUGGUUCAAACAGAGAAUGCCGCUACGGAUCAUUCGCACACCGCGGUCAAUGGCCUUGGCGCAGCCGUAUCACUCACUAACGGUGCUCCCCUCACCAACGGCAACGCUCUCGUGAAUGGGCACACAUCGGCUCCACCAUAUCCAGCAGCACCACACACACCGGUCUCGUUCACGCCAGAGCAGAUCGAUGCACUGCGUGCACAGAUCAAAGCAUUUAAGAUGCUCAUGCACAACAAGCCUAUUCCCGAGGCGCUUCAGCAGGCGAUGCGGGUACCCAGCCAAGUCAUCCCCGAGCUUGAGAAGUUCCUGCAGCCGCAGGACGUGAAUGCGCGGAUCGUCGACAGCGCGGUCAAGCUGCAGAAGAGUACGAGCGGGGGCACGCUGACUGUCGCCGAGCAGACACCCGCAGCGGAGGAAGUGAAGCCCGAGGACAUUGACAUGACGGACAUGCCGAAGGGUCCGUUUUUGGAAGAGGACAUCAACUCCGGGGUCUACCCGUACAAUGCUUAUCUGAAUCCACUAGAGUUUCUGAAGCUUGAUGGGGCGACGACGCCAGCGAUGCUUGCCACAAGGCUACAACGGCUGUUAAUUCCCUCCCUGAUGCCAGCAGGUCUGGAUCCACACGAGAUCAUUGCGGAGCGUAAUCGUUACGUCGACGCUCGGAUCGAGCAGCGUAUGCGCGAACUCGAGCAGAUGCCCGCGACGAUGGGUGAGGGCGGGCUGGAUAAUGUCCUUGACGAUAUCAUGCCUGAGGACAAGGAAAACACUACUGGCAACAUCGAGGACCUAUCAAUGAUCCAUCCACCUCCAAGCACACACGGCAAGUUGCGUGCUCUGAUCGAGCUGAAAUCCCUGCGUGUGCUCGAUAAGCAGCGCAACAUGCGCGCGCUCGUCGCGGAACGCCUUACGCAUGGCUCGCUGCUACCGCUCAACCGUGUGGAUUUCCGGCGGGUGCGCAAGCCUGGCAUCAGGGACGCGCGGAUGACGGAGCAAUUGGAAAGGAAACAGCGCGUGGAUCGUGAGCGACGUGCGAAGCAGAAACACAUCGACCAGUUGGAUGUUAUCUGCAUGCAUGGGCGCGAGGUCGUCGCCGCCAAUCGCGCCGCACAGGACCGUAUCAUACGCCUGGGCAAAGCCGUACUGUCGUUCCACGCACAUACAGAGAAGGAGGAGCAAAAGCGCAUCGAGCGGAUUUCGAAAGAGCGUCUGAAGGCGCUGAAGGCGGAUGACGAGGAGGCGUACAUGAAGCUGAUCGACACAGCAAAGGAUACGCGUAUCACGCAUCUGUUGCGUCAGACCGACACGUACCUGGAUUCCCUCGCGCAGGCUGUCAUGGAGCAGCAGCAGGACCAGUCGAUAUUCGAUACUCAUCCUGCGCCGUUUGAGGUCGAGGACGGGCCUAUCGGCGAAGCGACGUUCGGGGCGCAGCAAUUCGAAGGCGAGCAGGACGACAAGGGCAGAACGGACUACUAUGCGGUGGCGCACAAGAUUAAGGAGAAGAUCUCGAAGCAACCGAGUCUGCUUAUAGGCGGUACAUUGAAGGAUUACCAGCUGAAGGGUCUGCAAUGGAUGGUCAGCCUGUACAACAACAGGUUGAACGGAAUUCUUGCUGACGAGAUGGGUCUCGGAAAGACUAUCCAGACUAUUUCCUUGAUCACUUUCUUAAUCGAGUCGAAGAAGCAACGUGGACCAUACCUCGUCAUCGUUCCUCUUUCUACUAUGACCAACUGGUCAGGCGAGUUCGCCAAGUGGGCGCCGGGCGUGAAGAUGAUUGCAUACAAAGGCAAUCCUCAGCAGCGUAAAAUCUUGCAGAGCGAGAUUCGUUCAGGCAACUUCCAGGUAUUGCUCACUACAUACGAAUACAUCAUUAAGGAUCGUGUCCACCUUGCCCGCCUGAAAUGGGUACACAUGAUCAUCGACGAGGGGCAUCGCAUGAAGAACACUCAAUCAAAGCUUGCGCAAACUCUCACGCAGCACUACCACUCGCGAUACCGACUCAUUCUCACGGGAACGCCGCUGCAGAACAACCUGCCUGAGUUGUGGGCGCUGUUGAACUUCGUUCUACCUAAGAUCUUCAACUCGGUGAAGUCGUUCGAUGAGUGGUUCAACACACCAUUCGCGAACUCUGGCACCGGAGACAAGAUUGAGUUGAACGAAGAAGAGGCACUUCUCAUUAUUCGCCGCCUGCAUAAAGUGUUGCGGCCAUUCUUGCUGCGUAGGUUGAAGAAGGACGUCGAAUCCGAGCUGCCGGACAAGGUCGAGAAGGUCAUCAAAGUCCGGAUGAGCGCCUUGCAGUCCCAGCUGUACAAGCAGAUGAAGAAGUACAAGAUGAUUGCGGACGGGAAGGACACUAAGGGCAAAUCCGGUGGUGUGAAGGGUCUAAGCAACGAGCUGAUGCAGCUGCGGAAGAUUUGUCAGCACCCUUUCCUCUUCGAAAGCGUCGAAGACAGGAUCAACCCGUCCGGCAUUGUUGACGAUAAGAUCGUCCGCGCCUCAGGCAAGAUCGAGUUGCUGUCUCGUAUCCUUCCCAAGUUCUUCGCGACCGAUCACAGGGUCCUCAUCUUCUUCCAAAUGACCAAGGUCAUGGAUAUCAUGGAAGACUUCUUGAAAUUCAUGGGGUGGAAGUACCUUCGACUGGACGGUGGCACCAAGACCGAGGAUCGUGCGGGACACGUGCAACUGUUCAAUGCGCCAGACUCAGAUAUUAGGGUCUUCAUCCUUUCAACACGAGCUGGCGGUCUCGGUCUCAAUUUGCAGACUGCCGACACCGUCAUUAUUUUCGAUAGUGAUUGGAAUCCGCACGCCGAUCUCCAGGCCCAGGAUCGUGCCCAUCGUAUUGGUCAAACCAAGGUGGUCCGUAUUCUGCGUUUCAUCACUGAGAAGAGUGUAGAGGAGUCUAUGUUUCAACGUGCUCGGUACAAGUUGGACAUCGAUGACAAAGUCAUUCAAGCCGGUCGCUUCGACAACAAGUCGACACAAGAAGAACAGGAGCAAUUCUUGCGGUCUAUCCUCGAAAACGACCAAGAAGAGGAGAAUGAAGAAGCCGGUGACAUGAGUGACGAGGAAAUCAACGAGCUUAUUGCUCGGAGCGAGGAAGAGGAACGGAUAUUCCGUGAUAUCGACAUCCAACGCGACCGCGAAGCGCAGGAGGCGUGGAAAGCUGCGGGCCACCGUGGCAAACCACCGCUGCCGUUGAUGCAACUCGAGGAGCUGCCUGAAUGCUACCAGAUGGACGAACCUUUCGACAACAGAGACGAGCUUGACGAGCUAGAGGGCCGUGGCCAUCGUCGGAGAGCUGUCGUCAACUACACUGACGGCCUUGACGACGACCAGUGGGCGAUGGCUUUAGAGGACGGUGAAGACAUACAGGAGCUAGCUGAACGCGCCCGCGAGAGAAAUGCGCGCCGUGGCGCAACUAAAUCACUCAAGGAUAUCGACUCUCUCGGCUCUCCAGCUGCCGAGAUAGAGACCCCUCGCGGCCGUAAGGGCCGCAAGGGCAAGGGCAAAGCAGCUGCUGAUAUCGACUCUACUCCCGCCAAUGGUAAGAGAAAACGAGGCGUGAAGGCAAUGUCUGUCACCCCGUCAAUACAAGACGAUGACGAUGACGAGCCCCGUGACAGCAAACGCCGCAAGACGAAGGGCUCUGAGAUACCCACGCCAAUACGCGAGAGAAUGAAGAAAGCGUUCAAUGAGAUAUACAGAGCCGUUCUCAGCUGUGAGGACGAGCAUGGCCGUAAACGGUGUGAGCUGUUCAGGGAGGUGCCGGACAGGAGGGAGUAUCCUGACUAUUACCAACUCAUCACGAAGCCCAUCGCAUUGUCCACUCUCCGGAAACGUUUGCAGAGCACCUACUACAAGAGCGUCCUUGACUUCCGGGAAGACUGGCGGCUGAUGUAUAACAACGCGCGAACGUACAACCAGGAAGGGUCCUGGGUGUAUGUGGAUGCCGAUGAGAUGGAGAAGGUCUUCAAUGCGGCGUUCGAGCGUCUGAUCGUUGGAUCCGAUCUUCCCGGUGCUCCGCCUGCGGCGGCCUCUUUAUCGUCAGCGGUAUAUGAUGCCGCGUUGACACCUAUGGACGAAGACGAACGACCAGCGCCCAAAGGCAAGAGCUCCCGGAAACAGAUCAUUAGCGACGAUGAGUACCUCACGAAUCCGAGUGAUGACGAGUAGGGGCCGUGUUGCGAUCGGAUCUUAAUCUCUUAUUCGUCGAUGUUGCAGCUGUAUUGCUACUGUAUUGUAAUUGACUAGUCGUCGCUUUCUCAUACUCGUUGGGUAAAUGUUAUCAAUCAGCACCA